AUGACGACCCGACGCGACUUUCUCAACAUGCCCGCGCCCGAAAACUACGUAGCUGGUUUAGGGCGUGGUGCCACCGGCUUCACCACGCGCUCAGACCUGGGUCCUGCGCGCGAAGGCCCCUCCGAGGACCAGAUCAAGGAGGCCCUCCAGAAGAGGGCGGCCGCCCUUGGCUUCGGUGAUGCCGCCGGUGCCAAGAAGGACGACGACGAGAACGACGAUGCCCCCGAACGAUACCAGGACCCCGACAACGAGGUUGGCCUGUUCGCCGGCGGCGUCUACGACAAGGAGGAUGACGAGGCUGAUCGCAUCUAUCGCGAAGUGGACGAGAAGAUGGACAGGAGGCGGAAGAUCAAAAGGUUGGUUCACUCCCUUCCCUCAACUAUGCAUUGCCUUUUUGCCCUACCCACCGACCCCCCUCCUCCCCCCGGCCGCACCUUCUACUGUUCCGGCAGCUGGUUCACCGUUUAUCCCCGUAUAGAUGAGCAGAUUACCGACCAUAUUUCCAACAGGGAGGCUCGCGAACAAGCCGAGCGCGAAGAAUACGAGCGCCAGAACCCAAAGAUCCAGCAGCAGUUUGUCGACCUGAAGCGCGCCCUCGGCACCAUCACCGACGACGAGUGGGCUGCGCUCCCCGAGGUCGGCGAUUUGACCGGCAAGAACAGGCGAGCCAGGGAAGCCCGGAGAGAGCGCUUCUAUGCGGUGCCAGACAGCGUCUUGGCCGCCGCCAGCAGCUCCGGAGAACUGGGCACCACCAUCCAGGACGGGGCCGACACCGCCAUGAAGGACGCCGCCGCCGACGGCACCAUGACCAAUUUUGCCAAAAUCGGAGAGGCAAGAGACAAGGUGCUCCAAGUCCGCCUAGAUCAGGCCUCGGGGACUGCCACUAACGCCGGCAGCGCCAGCAGUAUUGAUCCCAAGGGUUACCUUACCAGUUUAGCAAAGUCAUCACUGCCCGAAGGCGCUGCCCAGGUCAGUGACAUCAACCGUGUUCGUGAGCUGCUGGAGUCCGUCAUCAAAACGAACCCUACGAAUGGCCCAGGCUGGGUGGCCGCUGCUCGAUUAGAAGAGUUGGCGGGCAAGAUUGUAGCGGCACGAAAUCUCAUCGCUCGUGGGUGCCAGCAAUGUCCUAAAAACGAAGAUGUCUGGCUCGAGAACAUUCGCCUCAACGAUGCUCACAAUGCCAAGAUUAUCGCGGCCCAGGCUAUCCAGAAGAACAAUCGCUCGGUGAGGCUCUGGGUCGAGGCGAUGAAGCUGGAGAAGGACUCCAGGAGUAAGAAGCGUGUGAUACGGCAUGCUCUCGAUCACAUUCCGGAGUCCGAGGCCCUCUGGAAAGAGGCAGUGAAUUUGGAAGAGGAAGUGGAGGACGCACGUAUUCUGCUCGCCAAGGCGACCGAGUUGAUCCCUCUUUCCGUCGACCUGUGGCUAGCAUUGGCACGGUUGGAAACGCCAGAAAAUGCCCAGAAGGUUCUGAACAAGGCCCGAAAGAGCUGUCCAACAUCACACGAAAUCUGGAUUGCCGCGGCGAGGUUACAAGAGCAACUCGGCGCUGCGAACAAGAUGAAUGUCAUGAAGCGUGCCGUACAGGUCUUGGCCAAGGAAUCGGCCAUGCCGAAGCGCGAGGAAUGGAUCACCGAAGCCGAGAAGUGCGAGCAGGAAGACGCUCCUAUAACUUGUGGACUCAUCGUGCAAGAGACACUGGGAUGGGGUCUUGACGAGGACGACGACCGCAAAGAUACGUGGAUGGAAGAUGCUCGCAGUAGUAUCAACAGGGGAAUGUACGUGACUGCGCGCGCCAUUUAUGCCUAUGCGCUCCGCGUAUUUCCCCUCAGUAAAACGCUCUGGCUUGCAGCUGCGGAUCUUGAGCGGAAUCACGGCACGAAAGAAGAGUUAUGGCAGGUGCUGGAGAAGGCAGUCAAUGCUUGCCCACGUUCGGAAGUCCUGUGGAUGAUGCUUGCCAAAGAGAAAUGGCAGGCCGGCGAGAUUGAUAACGCCCGCCGAGUACUUGGUCGGGCCUUCAAGCAGAAUCCUAACAACGAAGAUAUCUGGUUGGCGGCCGUCAAGCUCGAAGCAGAGAACGGUCAGGUUGACCAAGCCCGCAAGCUGCUCGAGACUGCCCGCCAGGAAGCGCCGACCGAUCGUGUCUGGAUGAAAUCUGCAGCAUUCGAACGUACCCUAGGCAACACCGAUAUGGCACUGGAUCUGGUGAACCAAGCCCUUAAUCAGUUCCGCAACUUUGCCAAGCUGUGGAUGAUGAAGGGUCAGAUCUACGAGGACUUGGACAAACCGCUCCAGGCCCGUGAGGCGUACGCGACUGGUGUCAAGGAGGUACCCUCAUCGGUACCCCUUUGGCUUUUGUACGUACGUCUUGAGGAAAAGCUUGGGCAGCUUCCCAAGGCGCGUUCUGUUCUCGACCGUGCCCGCCUCGCUGUCCCCAAGAACGCUGAGCUUUGGUGUGAAUCGGUACGCAUAGAGCGCCGUGCCGGCAACACAAAGCAGGCCGAGACACUCAUGGAGCGCGCAUUGCGUGAUGUACCAAAACAGAACCAGGGUCCUCUCUGGAGUGAGAAGAUCUGGCAUCUCACCGCCCGCCCGCAGCGCAAGCCCCGCGCCUUGGAAGCCAUCAAGGAAGUGGACAACGACCCAACGCUCCUUGUGGCCGUUGCCCGGAUCUUCUGGGGCGAGAGAAGGCUUGAUAAGGCACAGAACUGGUUUGAGAAGGCUCUGGUCCGUGAUCCGGAUCUGGGCGAUACCUGGGCUUGGUACUACAAGUUCUUGUGCGAGCACGGGACUACGGAGAAGAGGGAAGAGGUCGUGAGCAAAUGUGUCAGUGUCGAGCCCAGAUAUGGAGAGGUGUGGCAACGCAUUGCGAAGCACCCAACGGCGGCAAGGAAGGGGGUGGAGGAGGUGUUGAAGGUGGUCGCGGCGGAACUGAGGUAG